AAUUGUGGACUUUUCCCACGAUAUGAGGGAGAUUUACGUGUAAACGCUGCUUAACUCGGAAGAGUGGAAUUUUGAUUUUCGAGGAGCUGGAAAUACACAUUUUCAACCUUUUGGGAAUGUUUUGUUACUCUUGUUGAUUUCGGAGAUGGAUCCAGGGCCAGUAUUCUCUCUCUAGUGGUGCUUAUGCAGACCUCCUCCAUCCCGUCGCUUUAUGGACUCCUCGUUCGAUGAUGACUAUGAGUUCAAUGUCUGACAGUGUGAUCGCUGCAGACCCGUCUAAAUCUGCCUUUUUAGAGUUCGGACACGGGCUCCCCGCACAUCAGCACUCCCCCGGAUUGUCCCACAACCAUUACCCCGUCCACGGCUUGCACGCAGGAGGACACGCGCAGCAAGAGAACCCCUUCGCCGGCGCGUCCUCAUACGGCCGAGCCCUGGGCUACCCGUACCCGAGCACGGUGGGCACUCACCACACAAGCGCCUACCUGUCCUACCAGCACAACAGCCACAGCCACAGCAGCACUUUGGGCCACACGAGAAUAGAAGAUACAGAUCACGAGAAACCAACUGUUAUUGAGAACGGUGAAAUUCGCCUGAAUGGCAAAGGCAAGAAGAUCCGAAAACCUAGAACCAUCUACUCCAGCCUGCAGCUGCAGGCACUCAACCAGAGGUUCCAGCAAACCCAGUACCUGGCCUUGCCAGAAAGGGCCGAUCUGGCAGCCAAACUGGGCCUGACACAAACACAGGUGAAGAUAUGGUUCCAGAACAAGCGCUCUAAGUACAAGAAGAUCAUGAAGCACGGCUCUAGCGGCCCGGAAGGAGAGCUCCUCCACAACGCCUCGAACGCGUCGCCCUGCUCGCCGGCGCUGCCGCAGCUGUGGGAUUUGCCGAUGGGGAGCAAAGGGACCGCGAUGCACUCGAGCAGCUACGUGAACAAUUUCGGACACUGGUACCCCAGCCAUCACCAGGACGCUAUUCCCAGACCCCCGACGAUGAUGUGACAGAUUGUCUGGGUUAAUAACAGCGCACACGUGGUGCUGCGCCUCUUCAACGCACGUGAAUGAGCGCUCGUUGUGGUUCCGAAACGCUUUCAAAGGACGUACGUUAAUCCUUUAUAGUCUCCGGUAUGGCGUGUUUUCAGUGCACAGUGUAUUAAGAGGACUUGUUUUUUUCUGUCUCAUUUGUACAGUUUUUUUUUUCUUUUUUUGCUGUGUUGUUUUGUUUCUGAAUUGCCAGAAAAGAGAAUUAGAAACAAUUGCUCUGAGCUGAGAAGCCGUGCGCUCCACAAUCAUGUUGCCCACAUUUUAGCUUUUAAUAACUGAGACAUGACGGAAUUCGGAAGCCCCGUUGUUGCUUCAUCUGUUUCUUUGCAUAUCAGUGAAAAAAUGGAUAUCAUGUGAUACUAGUCUCCAA